ACGCCCGACGUUUUUGUUAAUUUACACAAGCACUUGCUUACAGUUAUACAUUGUUAGAGUAUGUUAAUUUUGACAUUCGUUUUCCGGAUCUAGGGUUUCUCUAUACAGCCAGUUCUUCAAAAUCUUCCCAUCUCAUCUUCCUUCCUUAAUUGCCAUCGUCAAACCCCACCAGAUUGCUGACAGAAUCAAUCACUUAGAAUUUUUGGAUUUUUCAUCGUGAAUCACGGAUCUAAUGUUUCUUCAGAAAACAAAGUCUAAUAUUCUUUUUAUAAUGAAUCUAAAGCAUUCUUGUUGAAAGAAACUUGAAUUUUUCUGUGAAAGUCCCAAAAAGCCUUUUGCGAUUGUAAAGGGGAAAAAAAAGGACCAAUGAAGAGGUCUAUGGUGUAUCAUGGAGAGAUGGAAGUGGGAGAGGUGGAGAUAUACCCAGAAGAGAAAAAGAACAUAGAUCUGAAAGAAAUCAGAAUAAGUCACUUCUCGCAACCUAGUGAAAGGUGUCCACCGCUUGCUGUGCUUCACACCAUUACUUCUUUUGGUAUUUGCUUCAAAAUGGAGUCAUCGACCUCACAGACACGACAACAGCAGGAUGUCCUCUUUCACUUGCACUCCUCAUGUAUCAGAGAGAACAAGACUGCUGUAAUGCCACUUCGUGGGGAAGAAAUACACUUGGUUGCAAUGUAUUCACGGAACAAUGAUAGACCAUGUUUCUGGGGAUUUAUUGUUGCCUCUGGACUUUACAAUUCAUGCCUAACAAUGUUAAAUCUGAGAUGUUUGGGUAUAGUGUUUGAUCUGGAUGAAACCCUUGUAGUUGCAAACACAAUGCGUUCUUUUGAGGAUAAAAUUGAGGUGCUCCAUAGAAAAAUGAACUCUGAGGUCAAUCCGCAACGAAUUUCUGCUAUGCAGGCGGAGAUAAAGCGAUACUUAGAUGACAAGAAUAUAUUGAAGGAAUAUGCUGAAAAUGAUCAAGUUGUUGAUAAUGGGAAAGUGAUAAAAAUUCAAUCUGAGAUUGUUCCAGCAUUGUCUGAUAGUCAUCAGCCUAUAGUUCGACCACUGAUCCGAUUACAAGAAAAGAAUAUUAUUUUGACACGCAUCAAUCCACAGAUUCGUGAUACUAGUGUUCUUGUGAGGUUAAGACCUGCAUGGGAAGAUCUUCGGAGCUACCUGACUGCAAGAGGGCGCAAGCGUUUUGAGGUUUUUGUUUGCACAAUGGCUGAGAGGGACUAUGCACUAGAAAUGUGGAGGCUUCUUGAUCCAGAAUUGAAUUUGAUAAAUUCGAAAGAACUGAUAGAUCGUAUUGUUUGUGUCAAGUCUGGUUUAAAGAAAUCGUUGUUUAAUGUAUUCCAAAAUGGCUUAUGCCAUCUGAAGAUGGCAUUGGUAAUUGAUGAUCGCCUGAAAGUGUGGGAUGAGAAAGACCAGCCGCAGGUGCAUGUUGUCCCUGCAUUUGCUCCAUACUAUGCUCCUCAAGCUGAAGCAAGCAAUGCAGUCCCUACCUUGUGUCUUGCAAGAAGUGUUGCUUGCAAUGUUAGGGGUGGCUUCUUCAAGGAUUUUGAUGAUGGUCUUUUACAGAAGAUCCCUCUAAUUGCUUAUGAAGAUGAUAUCAAAGAUAUACCUUCUCCUCCCGAUGUGAGCAAUUAUCUAGUUUCGGAGGAUGAUGCAUCUGCUUCCAAUGGAAAUAAAAAUUUGCUUCUAUUUGAUGGCAUGGCAGAUGCUGAGGUAGAAAGAAGAUUAAAGGGUGCAAUAUCAGCUUCUUCAACUGUCCCUGCAAUGACCACUAAUCUAGAUCCUAGGCUUGCUUUCAAUUCUUCUCUUCAAUACACAAUGGUGUCUUCUUCUGGAACUGUCCCACCCCCAACAGCACAAGCAUCUAUAGUGCAAUUUGGCAAUGUUCAGUUUCCUCAACCUAAUACUCUAGUUAAGCCAAUGUGUCAAGUUACCCCUCCAGGACCGAGCUUGCAUAGUUCUCCGGCCAGAGAAGAGGGUGAGGUACCUGAAUCAGAAUUAGACCUAGAUACCAGGCGUAGGCUUCUCAUAUUGCAACAUGGGCAAGAUACAAGGGAGCACACGUCAAGUGAACCCCCAUUUCCCGUCAGACACCCCACACAAGUUUCUGCUCCCAGUGUCCCAUCACGUAGGGGAUGGUUUUCUGUAGAAGAGGAGAUGGGUCCACAACAACUAAAUCAGUUAGUACCCAAAGAAUUUCCUGUAGGUUCUGAACCAUUGCAUAUUGAGAAGCGCUGGCCCCGUCAUCCAUCCCUUUUCUCUAAGGUUGACGAUUCUGUUUCCUCUGAUAGAGUUUUCCAUGAGAGCCACCAAAGAUUGCCAAAGGAGGUGCAUCAUAGGGAUGAUCACUCAAGAUUAAGCCAAUCACUCUCUAGUUAUCAUUCUUUCCCAGGUGAUGACAUUCCCUUGAGUGGUUCAUCUUACAGCAACAGGGAUUUUGACUCUGAAUCUGGACGUUCUCUAUUUCAUGCUGAUAUUACAACUGGAGUAUUACAGGAAAUUGCACUGAAGUGUGGAACUAAAGUGGAAUUUUUGUCUUCGUUAGUGGCUAACACAGCACUGCAAUUCUCCAUUGAGGCAUGGUUUGCUGGAAAAAAAGUUGGUGAAGGAUUUGGUAGAACUAGAAGGGAAGCCCAAAAUAAGGCUGCUGAGUGUUCAAUCAAACAAUUGGCUGAUAUAUAUAUGUCUCAUACUAAGGAUGACUCUGGUUCCACUUAUGGUGAUGUUAGUGGGUUUCAUGGUUCAAACAACAAUGGUUUUGUGAGUAGUGGUAAUUCUCUUGGUAAUCAGCUAUUGCCUAAAGAGUCAGUCUCAUUUUCAACUUCAUCUGACUCAUCUAGGGUUUCAGAUCCUAGGUUGGAAGUCUCUAAAAGGUCAACAGAUUCAAUUUCUGCCCUCAAAGAAUUUUGCAUGAUGGAGGGUCUUGCUGCCAAUUUUCAAUCUUCACCAGCUCCAGCAUCAACACAUUUUGCUCAGAAAGAUGAAGUGCACGCACAGGUUGAAAUAGAUGGUCAGAUCUUUGGUAAAGGGUUUGGAUUAACAUGGGAAGAGGCUAAAAUGCAGGCUGCCAAGAAGGCACUUGAAAGUCUAAGAACAAUGUUUAAUCAAGGCACUCGGAAGAGGCAUGGUUCUCCCAGGUCAAUGCAAGGAUUGGCAAAUAAACGUCUAAAGCAAGAAUAUCCUCGAACUCUGCAGCGGAUUCCCUAUUCUGCUAGAUAUCCCAGGAAUGCUCCUCUUGUUCCUUGAAAAGCAUAACUGGAUUUCCAUCUCACUUAAUCAUUGUGGCUUUUGUUGGGACAUGUCUUUGUUACGGAGGCAACGAUACAGGGAGUGGCUGUUGGUCAGAUGGCUGCCUGGUCUGUCAGUCUUUUUGUCCAAAUCCAAUUCCAAGUAGAACACCCACUUUUUGUACCAAUUUAAGAUACCCAGUCCUCUCUGAAGUGGAGUUAGAUACUGGACAAAUAUUUGGAGAUGUGUUGGUCCUCCCAGGCAAUGCAAUGCCGGUUGUCUGGAAAAGCUGACUCCGGUUCAAUCCCACAUGCUGCAAUUGUACUUGGUGCCAGCGUGAUGGAAGAGUAGCCAAUUGGAUUAAGCAUUUGAUUCAGAUUUUUAUUAACUGAAGUCUUGAUACACCAUUUAGUACAGGUCUUUAAGUCGGUUUUCAUUAACCUUACCCAUUUUUUUAAGCUGAAGUCACGAUACACCUUUCAGUACAGCCGUACAGGUUCUUUUACACUUGAAGUUGGUUUUCAUUAAAAUUACCUGUUAAUAAUACUAUAAUAGUCUUUCCUGCCACUGACAGUUCUUCGGAGACACUGUUAUGAAGUUUUUGAGGUUAGUUCUAUAGUUUUUCACUUUUGAUUACCCCAAGUCUUUUGGCGAGGGAAUUAUUUCUUUGUGCAAUAGAAAUCCCUCACAAAUCACAAUCGUAUGUGCUUGUAUCUGAAUUUGAUGUUAAGAAAUCGGAGCUAUGCACGAUUUUGUAUUUGAGGUGUACAUGUAAUAACAUAUUACUUUCUGCUAA